CGAUCGUCGAAUUUCCCGAACUGUUUGUCACCUUUAAUUAUUGACCUUCGGUAGAAGUCGGGAGUGGCUUUUUAGCGACCUCGCUGGGUGCGCCUUGAACUGCGCUGCGCAAUGAGCGCAUAGGUGGGAUCCGGCGACGGAAGAGACACAAGAAUCACAGAGAAGGUUUUUUUUUUUUAGAGCGCACGUCUGAGCUGAUAUUUACCAACCAUCAUGGCAAAGCGGGUCAGACCCGGCUUUCACCGGCUGGAAAUAAACAAAAGCAUCUGGGAAGUGCCGGACCGGUACCGCGACCUGGUCCAGGUGGGGACCGGAGCGUACGGAACUGUGUGCUCAGCGCUGGACGUCAGAACAGGAACCAAAGUGGCCAUCAAGAAGCUCUACAGACCUUUCCAGACGGAGAUCUUCGCAAAGCGGGCCUUCAGAGAGCUGAAGCUUCUCACACACAUGAAACACGAAAAUGUGAUUGGUCUUCUGGAUGUGUUCACUGCAGACCUUUCUCUGGACAGAUUCAAAGAUUUUUGUCUGGUGAUGCCGUUCAUGGGAACAGAUCUGGGGAAGCUGAUGAAGAAGACCAGACUAUCAGAAGAAAAAAUCCAGUAUUUGAUUUAUCAGACACUCAAAGGCCUAAAGUAUAUCCAUUCUGCUGGUAUAGUUCACAGGGAUCUCAAACCUGGAAAUCUUGUUGUCAACGAAGAAUGCGAGCUCAAGAUCUUGGACUUUGGUUUGGCUCGACAGGCAGAUACUGAGAUGACCGGGUAUGUGGUGACUCGAUGGUACAGAGCCCCAGAGGUCAUCCUCAACUGGAUGCACUACACAAAGACGGUUGACAUCUGGUCUGUGGGCUGCAUCAUGGCUGAGAUGCUGCAAGGAAAACCCCUUUUCAAAGGCAGUGACCACCUUGAUCAGCUGAAUCAGAUCAUGAAGGUCACAGGAACACCCAAUCCAGAAUUUAUAUCAAAACUAAACUCCGAGGAAGCUAAAGGUUACCUCAGGAGUCUCCAAAAAACGGAAAAGAAAGAUUAUAAGGCGUUGUUUCCCUCAGCUAGUGCCCAAGCUGCAUCUGUGCUGGAGCACAUGCUUUUGCUGGAUCCUGAGGAAAGAGUGACUGCUGUGGAGGCUCUUGCUCUGCCUUACUUUUCUAUAUUUAGAGAACCGACAGAGGAGACUGAGGCUCAGCCGUACGACAGCUCGCACGAGGACAAGGAGUUGACUUUGGACCAGUGGAAACGUUGUGCCUUCACAGAGAUCUUGACCUUCCAGCGUGCGAUGUUGGAUGCGAAGGAAACACUACUUUAAAACUAUGAGUAGACUCUACAGCUCAGACCCAAAACAAACUAACUCAGAACAAAGACGACCUUUUUGAUUAAUGAAUGUCCAACAAGCCUGCUGCACAUGUGGCUUUCAAGGUUUUCUAAAGUCCAUGAAACAAAUAAUAUCGUGUUUCUGUACAGUCGUAGCUUAUCACUGCACUCACCUUCAGCUUUCAGGUGUUUUAGGGUUUUCAGAGGUUCUCUUCAUAUUAGAUCAGUGGCACCCAAACCUGGUCCUUAAGUAACCCUAUCCUGUAUGUUUUAGACAUGUUCCAGCUCACCUGAUUCAAAUGGUUGCAUGACCUCCAUUGCAUGCCAUCAAGGACUGCAGUAGCCUCUUAAUCAUCAAUUUAUUUAAGUCAGGUGUGUGGCAGCAUGCAGGACAGGGGUACUUGACGACCAGGUUUGGGACUGGUUUAACCCAUUUAAAGGGGACAUAUCAUGCUUUUUUUUAGUUUUUUCCUUUUCACGUUUAAAUCAUUCAGUUGUAGUCUAUAUAAAGUGGAACUGCAAUGCUUUGAUCUGAAUUCCUCGUUGAUUCACUCCCACGCUCCCCCUUUUUACGCAUGUUCUGAGGUGCGUCUGAGUGCAACUUGAUUUGGAGCUGUCUCUUUAAAUCUAAAGGGUGGCACUUUACAACUCGUCCAGGUCGCAGUGUGUUCCACUUCCCCCCCAUUUGGCCAUUUUUGUAGUAUGCAAAACAUUUUGACUUAUCCACUUGUAGCUUCAGCAUCCUUCAGCUUAGACCACAAAAUUGCUCAGAGAAACGGGGAGACCCAUGAAAUUGGUAAGCCAGAAGUCCAUGACCUUGUUUAGCAGUUCCACAGCAAAUACUGUGACCCAGUUGUUCAAAAAACUUAUUAGAAAACAGAAAAAAACUGAACAACUUGAAAAAUAUGACCCAGAAAGAAUGUAAAGAUUUCUACUCGGUUCCUUGACGUUCUACACUGAAAUUUCCUAUGUUCCUAGAGAAACUGCAACAUGUAUUUAAAGUGUAACUCACCCCGAUAAAAGCACAAUCCCGCCCCCAGACAAAUUUUCCGCGCUGCCAUAUUACGUCAUUUUGGCUUCCAAGCCGCUCUGCGUGGCCAAAUGUUUCCACACCGCACAGUCCCGCAUGGAAAAAAGUUGGCGGACGAACAAGCGCUCCUUCUGGCGGAGGUUCUUAAAUAUAGAAAUCUAUGUGAUUCAGCCAAAAAAGGUCACUGUGAUCAACAAAUUGCUAACAAUUCCUGGACAGAAACUGCCGUCACUUUUGGAAGAAAGUAAUAUGCUAAUGUUUUCUGCUUCUACGUGUAGUAGGGUGUAGUACGCCUGACAUAGGAGCGCAACGCAGGGGUGUUGUCAGGAAGAGGGAAACUGGCAGCUAGCUUAUUUGACAUCGAAGAAUGGAGAGUGAGCAGAAGGGUAACAAAUGUAUGCUAACCUUUUGGUAAUAAACUGCUAACCUGAGAAAUGGUAUGAUCAAUUCUGGCAAUGCUCACAAUUCUGACUCCUGACUUGCUACUAAGCCGUGUGUUUGAGUGAGAUGCUUUUAUACCUAAAUGUGGGGCUAUGAUGACCAAAGCAUUUACCGUUUGAACCAAUAGGAAAAUUCAACUGCAGUACCCCUCCGUUCAAUCCUAAGAGGGCAGCACUAAGACAGUUUUGAGACAAAUGUCGCAGUUCACAUGAAAUGAAAACGGUAAAUUGCUUGUAUAGCGAGUCCGACUAUCCCAAAGCGCUUUAAAGUGCAGUCAUUCACCCUUUCACGCACAAAUUCACACUCUGUAUUGUGUAAAAAUUAAAAAGAAAAUGCACAGUAACGUUAAAGCAGCACCCAUAGGACCAGUUUAUUUGCAAAAAAUAAAAAAAUAAAAAAUAUUGAUUUUGGGGUGAGUUACAUUAUAAGGGCUAAAACUGUGGAUUUUGCAUGUUAUGUCCCCUUUAAGGAAUUUCUCAUCUUCUUGACAAAGAGAAGAUGAGUUAUCUGCAUUUUUGAAUUUAAAAAAAGAAAUAUUCGACAAAUAGUUAUCAACAAGAAACAUGGACCUCAAGCUGUAUUUGCCAUUUUCAAGUGUUUCAUUUAUGUUGUUGACAGCUGAGUUUAGCAAACCUUUUCAAAUAUUGCUGGUACAAUUUUUUUUUCUUUUAUUCUACUCCAUCUCAAAAGGUUACUUGUGAUUUUUUUUUUUUAUGACACAGCUCCAGCAUAAACAUAUCCAGAUACUGCUGAACCAGAGUAAUGUUUGCACAGUAUUUUGAAAAGGCCACAUCACACAGCGCAUGUCCAACACUGAGUUAAAGGUACCUACAAAAACUUUGCAAAAAUGAGGGUGAUCUUUUUUUUGCAUCAAGAUGUAGCAGAUUUAAACACAUUAAAGCUAAAAAAAACACACAAAUAACAAAGAUGUGUAACCAGCAUUGCAUUUUAAAAUGGGCUAUAUGGCUCAUCACCCAGGGUGCCAUUUUGUCAUGUAAAGUACUUUUUUAUAGCUCUUGUCUUUUUGCUUUUUAAGUAAUGUGAACAGAAUUUGAUUCUUUCUGAUUUAAAAUAUCAAGUAUUUAAUGAUCAAACCAGAACUGGCUUAUCUAGUGCUGAAUGAAUGUUUUUAAAAUAACAAUUUGAGGUUUAUUAGGCCCUUUCUUCUAUUUGUAAAAAAAAAAGAAAAAAGAAAAGAAGAACAUUUUCUAUUUGUUUUUGUUAUUAAAACCGCCUUAGUUUGGGACGAGCAUAAAAUGCACAAAAUAUCUGUUCAAUCUUGAACAGAAUUUGUUAGAUAAUUUCUAUGGGGGGAAAAAAAAGAGGAUUUUUCAUUUGUUGAAGUCAUUCUCAUAGUCUUGCAAAUGUUUUAUUUCUUACAACUAUGUGUGGGCAACAUUUGGCUGUAUAUGGGGGACAGGAGGGGCUCGCCCAGGGCACCAUUCCUACAGGAAGCACCAGCGCAUUCACCCGGUUGACUGCGUUACACUGUGAGUCAGGAAAAUGAUUUUCUGUUGACAAAAUCAUGGGGUGACAUUUGAACUGGGCUGCAUUAUUUCCAUGUUAAAUGUAUUUGUUUUGUGUCUUAAAAAAAACCCUAUUUAUAGGUAGCCUUGCCUUGAUAAAUGUAAGGAUUCAUUUAGAUUGCAAAAAUUGUUAUUUAAUGUAAGGUAAGGUUUUUGGAACCUUUCCCAUGAGCAAUGACUCUUUCUGACAGCUUUUCAAACAGAUGUUUGAUUAGAUUCUUUUAAAACCUAUGCAUUUGUGUCAGUUAGCAUAAGCUGUGACUUUAUUUCUCCCCCGUGGCCUUUAAGGUAAUACACACAUGCCAUUGAGAGGAACCACUCUCCUCUCAGUUGGUUAUGCACAAUAAUCCACUUUUUGAUUCGAAGAAAGCUGUGGAUCACUGUGCUUCUUUUAGUGAAACAAAGUUGCACAAGAUGCAAAGUCUGCAGAGAUGUGUGGAUCAAUGUUUGUAGCAUCAAUGACUUUUUGUUCAAUAAUAAAAAUAAAAUCUGUCUAACACA